AUGACCAAGCAGUUAAUAACAGUUCUUGAUACGGUUUUGAAAGGCCUGAUGCGCCGUUAUAGUGAACGUGUUCCUGAUGUACACCGCAUUAUUAAUGCCAUGAUCAAUGAAGGUAUCAUCAAGUCUGCCGAUGAAAUAGAGAAUGACCACAUAGCAUUUCGGACAAUGGGAGUUCGGAACCUGGGCAUCGCAUCGCUUGAGAAAAUCUUCUUACAUUAUGGAUAUGAAAAGCGUGACCCCUACAACUUCGCAGAAAAAAAACUGUCUGCAUAUUGGUACGCUCCCCCCACUAUCGAGCAAAACUUGCCUCGCAUCUUUGUCAGUGAACUGCGUGUUCCAGAGCUAUCUAAAAAUGCCCAGAGUAUCAUUCAUAACUACACAAAUGUUGUAACCAGUGACCCGGUAGAUUCGCUUGACCUAAAUGAUGGGGCGGCAGUAGACCAAUUUCUACAUCAGUCAUUGUGGCCUGUACCUAAACUCGCUGAUUACCAGGCACUUUUGUCUGAAAGUGAGUAUGCUGCCUGGGUCAUUUAUAACCGAUACUAUCUGAAUCAUUUCACAAUCAGCGUUCAUAAUCUAAAACCAGGCUUCAAUACAAUCGACAAGUUUGUAGCGUUUCUUCAACGGCAUGGCAUUAAACUCAAUUCAGCCGGAGGCAUUGUUAAGGUCAGCCCUGAUGGAGGGUUGCUACAAGCAUCAACUGUCGCCCAGAUGACCGAAGCUGAGUUUGCAGAUGGAGAAAAAUUUUCCAUCGCUGGCUCAUAUGUAGAAUUUGCUGAACGGCAGGUACUUCCUCAAUUUGCUGAUCUGCCUGCAGAUCAGAUCAGCCGAGUUCAUCGACGAGAGGGGUUUGAAGCGGGCAAUGCUGACAAGAUUUUUGAGAGCACAUUCGUGGCACAGGUUAAUCAGUAG